AUGAAGUUACUUAUUUUUGCAAUUUUCUAUAUCAUUUUGUUUGCAAUAUUACCCGUCAAAUCACAAUUACAUACCUUUACAUAUUAUGAAAACGCCUCUGAUCCCAUCAUUUUUUCGAUGGAAACUUAUGAUGAUAACACGAUCGUCAUUCAUAUCAUUAAUGCAAAUUCAUCAGACACUUCCGAUGAUAAUGAUGAUGAUUUGAUAUGCGUGAAUAGAUAUUUGUCAUUUCGCACAAUUUAUCCUGACGGAAGCUUUGAAUCAGUUAACAUUACGUUGGAUAUACAAGAUUUAAAUUAUUGUAUUCGGGUAAUAGGUGACAUAUUUAGCCCUAUUAACAUUUAUGCUGUUAGAAACAAUUUUUUGUUAGUAACAUAUGCCGUAGUUACGGAUGUCGAUGAUCUUACGACUUAUGAUGAGCGGGCGAUGGUGCUUGAUUUAUCUGGAAAUAUUUAUAGUAACGCUUCUCUAGGUUAUGCCUAUUUUCAUCCUGUUACUAAUAAGUGGUUGCCUAACUUUGCAAAGAUAACGCAUAAUGUUAAUCGAGACAAGGGAUUUCUUCGCUUUGGGCGUAUAGCAAAUACUAAUAAUAGCUUCUGGCAGCAAUUCAUGAUAACUGAUAAAGGAGAAAUUCAACUGCUUGCAGAAGGUGUCAUCAUGUUUCCAGAAGAUUAUAUGUCUGUUAUACUUCAUGCCGUCGCAAUGAUGGACGGAGGAUACGCGGUUAUAUACGCUAAUACUACGAAUUCAAUAGCCACUCCCAACGAUCCAAUUCCUCCACACGGCGGAGUCUACGCCAAACUGUUACCAUAUGGAACAAAUACCGAUCGACACCCAAUCGUUCUUUAUCAAACUCAAAUUCCGGGAUUAAAUUUUACCAGCUUGGAUUGCAGUAUUUCUUACGUAGGGGUUGGGCAAUCGUGUAUAUUAACCGGAAAAUUUGCAUUUCGAGCCAUAACAAACACAUUUUACACUAAAAUUGAUUUUCUUUCGUCUGGAAAUGUAUAUAAUAUUCAAUCAUUAAAUGCUACUAUUCCUACAAAUCCUGAAGUUGAUACUUAUAACGUUAGAUCACUGCCAUAUGGAGGUUAUUUAUUAGAUGGAAAAGGGGAGCAAAUUAUUUACGGUUACCUUUUAAAUGACACCCAAGUUUAUAAUUGGGAUUUGGAUAAUCCUAUCAAUGGAAGUAUUAUGGAUGCUAGUGUAAUCUUACCAAAUAAUACUUUUGUAUUUGCGCAACGUGAGGAAACUCAAAAUUGGAGUUUGAGCUCAAUGGAUUUGCCCAAAUUUGCCGGGAACAUAGAUCAUGGAUAUGGGAAUUUGCAUAUUAACUACACAUUUCCUCUUGUUAACGAUAUAAUUGAUGAAACAAAUAUCAUAAAGAUUAAUUAUCAUAAUCCUAUUGAUUUAUCAAAUCAUAAUAUCAUAAUAUUUCAAAAUGACCGCAAUAUUGUACGUCAAAACAUUUCUGGAAGCGACGCCAAAUUUGUAUCUCUUGACGAUGAUGGAACCACCGUUAUUGUUAAUAUAAUCAAAAGUACAUUUAAUCGGCCUGGUGAAAGUUAUUACGUUUCAAUUGAAAAUGGUUUUGUAAAGAGUCGGCAAUAUCAAGAACCAAUCAUUGGCUUACAAAACAAGGCUUGGUUUUUUACAACACAAAUGAAGGAUGAAAAGAGUUCGGAUAAAAUUACAGGGAGAGUUCGAUUGACUGCGGAAGGAACAUUUGUUUAUGAGAGUCUUGAUGAAGAUGGACGUAAAGAUUUUUACGCAAACUUAAUGCGGGAAUUAGCUUAUGCAAUCCCCAUCAGCCAGAAUCGUAUAACGACUAAUGGAAAAUUCGAAACGGAUCCCUCGGUUUCUCCAAAACAAAUCAUUUUAUCUAUUAAUAUUGAAAAAGAUAAAACCAAGCAAGAAAGAACAGUUAAUUUAGCCGUUGAAGAUUUAAAUACUUUGAUUGAAAAUAAACCUAUCACUCUUAUUGGAUCCGGCGAAUUCUCGAAAUAUUUGGAUCAAGAUUAUGGAUACAAAUUUUCUCGCAAUUUUCUUAGAGAAUAUGGAUUGACAAUAAUUGGAGUAAUAGCGAUCAUCUUCGUAUUGCUCUCAUUUUUCUUUUUAGCUAAACGUCAAAAUAGGGAGGCAAAAAAUAUUGCAAUCUUACAACUUGGACUUAUCAUUUUUGAUCUGGUUUUGGAUAUUUUAUUUGCUAGUACAAAAUCAAUGAACGUUGAUGGAUUAUUUAAACCAAGUAUUGUAUUUUUAGUGGUUCCAUUUAUUAUAGGUUCAGUAAUGGCAUUUAAUAUUAUAAGAGAAGAGGAUCGAUAUGAUAAUUUCUCAAAGUGGUCAAGUGAAAAUACAAAAGUUGUAGCAAUAUUCACCUUAUUAGCGGGAGCCGAUAUUGAAGCCUUAUCCAUGCUUGAAUCAAAUGUAAAAAUUUUCGGAUUAGAUUGUUUUAAAGCUGAAUUUUCUAAACAUUCAUUGAGGAAGAUAUUUUUCGGAGCUUGCCUUAAUAUAUUUUCUGAAGAAAUUCCUCAAAUAAUCAUGCAGAUUAUAUAUUUUAAAAACGUAGUACGUUAUGAUCUUGUACCCAUAUUAACGUUCUCAUCAUCAUGCAUAAACCUCGUCAUUAAUAUUAUUGGAAGAGUGUAUAAAUUUAAAGAACAUAAAUGGGAAAAUACUAAUCAUGAUACUUUAUUCGAUAAUAGUGAUCAUGAUGAUGGUUACGAUGACGAUAGAAAUUCUGGUGGAUCAAAAGAUAGAAAUAUAAAUAAAAAUUCACCUAUAUUUUUGGAAGAAAAGGAAAAGAAUCCUUCUUAUCUGGCCAUGGAUAAAGAAAGUCUAUUGCCUAUUUACCAGGUUCCAUUGGCUUUUCGCCAAGCUCCAUUAAGAAUUAAAGAGUUAGAACAGCAAAAUAUAGAAUUACAAGUCCAAAUCCAGCAGAAUCAGCAAACUAUUAGUGAACAACAAAGUCAGAUAAACGAAUUGUACAAGAUAUCCUUUCCCAACAGUCCGUAUAAUUUCCAUAAACUCAAACAAGAUAUUAUCCGACUUAAAGUCCACGAAUUAGCACCGCAAGUAAGAAAUGAAAGCACAAAGUUGGUUCAAUUAAUUACGGAAGCAAAAAAAAAAUCGGGCAAUUUUUCUUCCAUAGUUGACUUAAUCCUAGAAACCCAAAAACAAAUCGUGCUGAACAGCGAAACUUCUCAGCGAGAUAAAUUAAUUGGCAAAAUAGAAGCUUACCAAAGUAUCCUUGCUAGUAAUUUAGUUGAUAAAGAGCUGCAAACUCUCUUAGACAAACAAACAGAAGUCCUAAUAUUAGAAAAGCAUUUAGAAAGUUUACAAACAGAAUAUGUGCAGUUACCAAGUUUAAGUCGGUAUAAUUCCAUGUCAAGAAAAUAG